UAGAAAGAAAAAUAUCGGCCUUUCUCCCCUUCGUUUUGUCCUCCUAAUAUUGCCGUGCAGUGCAUCCCGUCACACCCACUUGCCCGCAAGACAACACCGGAGAUGUUUACCGAAGAACGGACGUCAGAUAUGGAUGUGGAAUCGCCAUCACACCAUUCUGACAAAGCUCGCCCUCAUUCUAUAUAUCAUGCUUAGCUCGCCCUCAUGUCUCUGUGGGAAGACAUGGAGGAAGCUGUCGAAGCCUGUCGGUCUCGCUUCUCCCUCCUCUUCUUCUCCUUGGCGGCCGUCGUCGUGCUCCUCGCGAUGGUGUUCAGGGUCCUGAGGUCCAUGCCGUGGUGGUGCAGCUGCCCGGUGUGCGAGGCGUACGUGACCAACUCCUGGGCCGCAAGCUUCGACAACCUCUGCGACUGGUACGCCCACCUCCUCCGGGAGUCGCCCACCCGCACCAUCCACAUCCACGUGCUCCGCAACACCGUCACCGCCAACCCUGACAACGUCGAGCACAUGCUCAGGGCCCGCUUCGACAACUACCCCAAGGGCAAGCCUUUCUCCGCCAUCCUCGGCGACCUGCUCGGCCGCGGCAUCUUCAACGUCGACGGCGACCCCUGGUGCUUCCAGCGCAAGAUGGCCAGCGCUGAGCUCGGCGGGGCCUCCGUCCGAUUUUUUGCCUCCUGCGCCGUGGCCUCCGAGGUCCGCGGCCGCCUCCUCCCUCUCCUCGACGUCGCGUGCGGCGGUGGCCGCGUCCUCGACCUGCAAGAUGUGUUCCGUAGGUUCGCCUUCGAUAGCAUGUGCAAGAUCUCGUUCGGGCUCGACCCCGGUUGCCUUGAGCUGUCGCUGCCGAUGUCCGACUUCGCGGCGGCCUUCGACAAGGCCUCGAGGCUGUCAGCCUGGCGGGCGACCGCGACGAUGCCCCUGGUAUGGAAGGCCAAGCGGCUCCUCAACUGGGGAUCGGAGAGAGAACUGGGGGAUGCGAUCGGCCUGGUGAACCUCCUCGCCAAGGAGCUCAUUCGCCAGCGAAGGAAGCUGGGGUUCUCCUCCAACCACGAUCUCCUCUCUCGAUUCAUGGCCUGCGUCAACGACGACGAUGACAAGUACCUUCGAGACAUCAUAAUUAGCUUCUUGCUGGCCGGGCGCGACACCGUCGCCUCGGCCCUGACCUGCUUCUUCUUCCUGCUGUCCCGCCACCCGGACGUCCGCUCCGCCAUCCGCGACGAGAUCGACCGCGUCGUGGAACGCGACGCGGUCACCGCCAGCUACGAUCAACUGAGGGACCUGCAGUACGUGCAUGCGGCCAUCUACGAGAGCAUGCGGCUGUACCCGCCGGUGCAGUUCGACUCCAAGUUCUGCCUCGAGGACGACGUGCUGCCCGACGGGACCGCCGUCAGAAGGGGCACGCGGGUGACGUACCACGCCUACGCCAUGGGGAGGAUGGAGGAGCUGUGGGGGAGCGACUGCAGCGAGUUCCUGCCGCAGCGGUGGCUGAGGAAUGGAGCGUUCAACCCCGAAAGCCCGUACAAGUACCCCGUGUUCCAAGGCGGCGUCCGGGUGUGCCUCGGCAAGGAGAUGGCGCUGAUGGAGAUGAAGACCGUGAUCGCGGCGGUGGUCCGGCAAUUCGACGUCGAAGUAAUCUCAGCCGACGAAGGCGGAGGCGGAAACCGGCCGCCCAGGUUCGCGACCGGCCUCACCGCCUCUCUGAAGGGGGGCCUUCCGGUCCGAGUUCGCCGGAGGGUGGAAAGCUCGGCCGAGCCACGGCGCGGCGCAUGUUAGGCGCAGCGCGGUGGGGCAUGCUAAAGAGCGCCGUAUCGUGUGAGUAAGUACCCUGUGAUGAGGUCAGGUCAACCCAUGUAUAGAAUUAAGCACGUGGUGGUAUGUAUAUGUUACUGAUGUCCGUGCUGGCCUGCGUUGUAAUGUGACAUGUGAUUGCCGGCCACCAAGUGGUGCCUCCAAAAAGAGUACCUAUUUUAUUUA